AUGUAUUUCUUUCUUUCUUUCUUUCUUUCUUUCUUUCUUUCUUUUUCUUAUAAUAAUAUUACUGAUCAAAAAUCUUUGGUAAUUUUUGCUAGUGUUCAUAUUCUUCUGAAAAACUUGAAUUUCUUUCUUUCUGUCUUUCUUUCUUUCUUUCUUUCUUUCUUUCUUUCUUUUCAUUAUAAUAAUCAUUCUGUCCAAAAUCUUCUACAUACACUUGAAUAUCUUUCUUUCUUUCUUUCUUUCUUUCUUUCUUUCUUUCUUUCUUUUCAUUAUAAUAAUCAUUCUCUUCAUAAGUAUUUGGUAAUUCAUGCUAACCUUCAUAUGUUAUAUUGUUACGUAUCACUUGAAUAUCUUUCUUUCUUUCUUUCUUUUUUUCUAUCUUUCUUUCUUUUUCAUUAUAACAAUCAUUCUUCUUCUGUAUCAUAUGAAUUUCUUUCUUUCUUUCUUUCUUUCUUUUUUCUUUCUUUCUUUCUUUCUUUCUUUUUUCUUUUUUAUAAUAAUCAUUCUGUCCAAAAGUCUUUGGUAAUUCAUGCUAAUGUUCAUAUGUUAUUGUCUUCUGUAUCACUUGAAUUUCUUUCUUUCUUUCUUUCUUUUGUUCUCCCUUCCUUCUUCCUUCCUUAG